GCGGCGGCGGCGGCGGCGGCGGCGGCGGCGGCGCGGCCUUCCCCGCCCCCCUCGCCUCCGCGCUUCCGCCGGCCGCUUCCCCCGAGGCGCUGACAGAGCGAUCGCAGCUCCGCGCGCGUCGCCGCCCGCCAGCAUGGGCGACAAGAAGAGCCCCACCAGGCCGAAGCGGCAGCCGAAGCCCGCCUCGGAUGAGGGCUACUGGGACUGCAGCGUCUGCACCUUCCGGAACAGCGCCGAGGCCUUCAAGUGCAUGAUGUGCGAUGUGCGGAAGGGCACCUCCACCCGGAAACCUCGCCCCGUCUCACAGCUUGUCGCACAGCAGGUCCCUCAGCAGUUUGUGCCCCCUCCCCAGUCAAAGAAAGAGAGGAAAGAUAAAGCAGAAAAAGAAAAAAGUGAAAAGGAAACAACUAGCAAAAAGAACUGUCAUAAGAAAACCAGACCAAGAUUAAAAAAUGUGGAUCGGAGUAGUGCUCAGCAUUUGGAAGUCACUGUUGGAGAUCUAACAGUCAUUAUUACAGACUUUAAGGAGAAAGCAAAGUCAGCGCCUGCGUCCAGUGCUGCUGCUGGGGAUCAGCACAGCCAGAGCAGCUGCAGCUCUGACAACGCAGAGCGGGCCGUGUCCGGGUCCUCCUCGCCCCACGGAGAAGCCUCGUCCCUGAAUGGAGAGUCUCACUGAACAUUCUUGCUCCACGUAGUCAUGCCUGUCCUCCAUGGAAACACAGAUUAUGCCAAGAACUACCACAUUUUCAUGACAGACGCAUCCAUGCCUAACCUAAAAUUUGAGUUUUUCAUGAAAUACAAAUUUUCCAGAAUUUAUUAGAUUUUACUGGAGUGUAAGCUACUGAACAUUUCCAGACUUAACAUUUUGGUCUCUGCUGUUAAAUGCCAUGAAAAUGUGGUUGAAUUAUUCAUUAUGCAGUGUUAUUGGUAAGUCUAUUUUCACUUAUAGUUUAGUGAAUUCUAACACAUAAUUAUUGAAUUCUCUACUAUUGGCAUGUAAUGAGUUUAAAUUUUUUAUUACAUAGUGCAAGCUGCCUAAAUAUGUAUUAUUUGAGAAUUGUGAAACAAAUAGUUAUAUGUAUGCAAGUCAAAGAUCAACUUAAUCAACUAUUGCUGCAACAGGAUCUUCUUAAUGGGUAUCCUCUUAAUGCACCUGCUGGUACUUGGUGUGGUUAAACAGGAAGUUGUUAUUAAAUAAAGAAUUUGUAUUGACCUUUGCCAAGGUUUUGACAUGUUUUUACUAAAUUAUUGUUUCUGAGUUAUGUUUUAUCCAUUUUUUGCAGUUUAUGUUUGUUAGUUUGCUUACUUUUCAAAGCAUCAUUUUAUUGUACUAUUUACUAGCUGAAUAGUGAACAAUAAAACAUGGACUGUUUAGCUUUCUAA